CCGCGCAUUUAAAAGGCUCAAAGUUGUCAUUUUUAUUUUUUUCCCCUUUGGAUUUUUUAGAGGCUCUCUCCAAAGACACAGUCUUUUUAUUUUCUUCCUUUUUCCUUUCAAUUCGGGGAAUGUUUCUUUGUUUUCUAGGGUUUUGAAAUCUCUCCAGAAGAACAAAACCUAAAUGGGUCCUCUUGUCGGAGAGACCGAGCUCUCAAAAGCACUCCUCGAGGCUGCAGACAAUCUCCUCAAGCCUCAUUCCUCAACUGAUGCGACUCUCCGUCUUCUCGAUAAUGUUGAGUCUCUGCUCGCCACUGUCGAGCAAGAUGUUACUGAAUCAUUAACAAAGGCCCUAGCUCCAUCCAUGAAGGCUUUGGUAUCUGCUGAUCUCUUGAGAAAUCCUGAUUCUGAUGUUAGGGUUUCUGUUGUCUCUUGCUUGACUGAAAUUAUGAGGAUUACUGCUCCAGAGGCCCCUUAUGACGAUGACCAGAUGAAGGAGAUUUUCGAGGUGACAGUAGAAGCAUUUGAUAAACUAGCUGAUGAUACCAGUCGCAGUUACAGGAAAGCUGAGGUUGUUCUUGAGACUGUUGCAAAGGUCAGAUCUUCCUUAGUUAUGUUGGACUUGGAGUGCGAUGAUCUUGUCCUAGAUAUGUUUCGACGGUUCCUGAAAAUUAUAAGGCUGGGUCAUCCUCUACUGGUGCUUCACUCAAUGGAAACGAUUAUGAUCACAGUUAUAGAUGAGAGUGAAGAUAUACCCAUGGAUUUGCUCGAGAUUCUCUUAAGUUCUGUUAAAAAGGAAAGCCUGGAUGUCUCACCAGCGGCUUCCACGCUUGUGGAGAAGGUUCUUAGUAGUUGUGCCCGUAAGCUUCAGCCUUGCAUCAUCGAAGCUUUGAAGUCCACAGGGACCAGCUUGGACAUGUAUUCUCCAGUAGUUUCAUCAAUAUGCCAAAGCGAAUCUGCCAUUACUCAAGGGCACAGUGAUACUGACAUAAUCGAGUUUAAAGACUAG